AUGGUUGCAGUAUUUCUUUUGGACAGUUACGAGAAAACUACAACAUCAACACCGCUGGUGCAUGGACACGUGAAGCCACCACCAGAUGUGUCAACACUUGCUUCUGAGACUUCCUACCAACUUGAGGCUGAUUUCAAUAUAGCUGGAGUUCAGCAGUUGGAAAGCACUGACUCUGAAGAGGCCGGCAGUCAAGAUAUAGCAAAAAGUGAAUAUGACCUUGAAAAAGAUGUUGCGGAUGAGUUCAAUGACAUUCAGAAUACUACUAUUGACUGGGAAGAUGAAACAUGGCGUCCGGAUUUUGAGACCGAGUCGGUGUCAUCUUUAGAAGAAUAUGACACCAAAGAAGUAGACUCAGACUCUGAUGACAGUGAUGAUGACUACAGUCCACGUAUCUGUGUUUGGGGUGCUUCAAAGACGGCCGUUAACUUAGAAGAUAUUCCAGCAAUCAGCAUGGAGGACAUGGUGCACGAUGUCUUACAUUCCCACAAUCCAUCGAGCACUGAGAUGCCUCCAACCAAAGACUCUCUUAAGGUCCAGGUUGUGGAGGAUGCAACUGGCCAUUCAGCAUCCAUAGUGUACCAUGAUUGUCUGAAGCAGUUGGCCAAUUACCUUGUUUUACCAGUCACAAAGUGUAAUGCUCACGAUAUUAACACCAAGUUACAGUGUGGGGCUUGUCAACCUUCUGAAAUUAGUGUGACAUCCAGGGGCACAGCUGCUAUUAUUGAAUGGAUAUGUUCUUCAGACCAUACUGUUUGGAAAUGGUCUUCACAGCCAACUUUCACUCAUGGCAUGCUAAUUGGGGACUUCAUGUUGGCCACCAACAUACUACUGUCAGGCAACAACUAUGCCAAAAUAGCACUUCUCUUCAAGUUCAUGAGAAUGGGCAUGGCAGAAAGGACUUCUUUCUUCAAGAUACAGGACACCUAAUGUGUAUACUCCAUCAAAGAUUUCUGGCUUUCAAAGAGAGCUGAAAUCAUCCACCAGUUACAGUCAA